AUGGGAGCCUCUUGGAUCUAUCUUACUUCCGCCCUGUGUACGGGGGCUGUUGCCUCUGACACCCAGUACACCAUGAGCACGUCAGACUUUUCUGGGAUUACUGGGAACUCAUACCAGUGCGAAAAUGGAAUGAAACCUUCAGUCACAUGUGCGGAUCCAUCACUCAACAACGACACCUGCUCGUGCACUUGCACAAACGGCAUCAUGUUCAACCAGCCUGUUCCGUCACCUGAUCAGAGCAGCGGAGGCAAUGACGCUUCACUCGACAUAUGCCAGGCGGAAAAGGAUCAAUACAUGGAGCGCGAGCGAGAGGCGAUGGCUAAACUUCAUGAGGCAGAACUUGCGCACACCAGCUGCCAGGAAGGGCAGACAGUUGAACUUGAGGAGAGCAAGACUGGCACAUCUUGA